AUGGUAUCUAUUAAAUCAAGAGAACAGGCCACGGUUGCCGUCAACAACGUUCUGUCGUUAGUGCUUCCAGGAAGUACUAAACUUGACGCUUCCAAUCAAAAGCUCCGCAAGGAUAAGACGAGUAAGGGCUCGACCGCACAACUCAUUAAUCAGAACUUGAAGAAAGCGGUUAGAGUACGAGAAAGAGACGCUCAUGGCAUCAAAAAACGAGACUUGAAGGCCAGAAAGAAGCAGAUAAAGGCAAAGCAGAUUCUGAACGACCAAAUGGAUCAGAAAGCCAAGCUGGACAUUCUGCAAAUGCAUCGUGAGCAGGGGACUUUGACCCACAAAGAACGUAAAUUUCUCAACAAAGUUAUCAGCAAAAAUGUAAGGGAUCUCAAGAGUUGGGAUCUGCAGGACGAAGACCUGCAAGAACUUCAGGACACGGUACUAAUCAACCAAAGCAAUAAUGGAACUCAAAAUAAGCGCAGAAGCAGAAAAGACUUUCGCGAAAAUGUUUCGUCGAGCACUGGUGCAGCUGACCACCGUUAUCCUGGUCUGACGCCUGGCUUGGCACCCGUGGGCGCCAGUGACGAGGAAGAAUCCGACGAGGAAUAG